AUGGAGAAUUCCCGUAACUUUAAUAACGCUAUUACUCGUAUUCGAUCUCGACCUCUACCUUGCUUCACUGAUAUCUUCAGUAGAGAGGUUGGCUCGUCUCAUCCCACCAGUUUUGCUCGUCGAUUUACAGCUUCAGAGGCCACUGUUAAGAACCUGAGUUUAUAUGGGAAGUUAGAAGGUCAUGAAGGAUGUGUAAAUACAACGAAAUUCAACUCCACCGGUGACCUUCUUGUCUCGGGUUCUGAUGACAGACAAGUCAUGUGUUGGAAUUGGGCAUCCAAAACCAAAUUGUUUGCUUAUCCUUCUGGCCACUCAGAAACCAUUUACCAGACAAAAUUCAUGCCAUUCACUGAUGACUCCAAAAUUGUAACUUCUGCUGGUGAUGGUGAGGUAAGGCUUGGUCUUCUCCAUGAGGAUGGUGGAGUUAUCACUACAAUGUUGGGGAAGCACGAGGGUUCUGUAUUCAAGCUUGUUGUGGAGCCAGGAAGUCCCCACACAUUGUAUAGUUGUGGUGAAGAUGGGUUUGUUCAACAUUUUGAUUUACGAACUAGUUCUGCUACAAAACUGUUCCGUUGUUAUUCACGGAUAAGCAAGAAAAUGUAUGGUCCAAGUAUUAUAGAGUUGAAUUCCAUUGCGAUUGACCCUAGAAAUCCACAUUACAUUGCUGUUGGUGGAUCUGCUGAAUAUGCACGCCUUUACGACAUACGGAGAUGCCAGUGGAGGGAUUUAGCAUUAAAAUCAGAUCGACCGCUUGAGACAUAUUUUUGUCCUCAUCACCUAAUUGGGUCAUAUCGUGUCCAUAUCACAGGAAUGGCUUACUCUAGCUCAAGUGAAUUACUUAUCUCUUAUAGUGACGACCUCAUCUAUCUAUUUGAGAGGAAUGCAAAAUUGGGUUCUUCACCUUCAUCUGCUAAAUGUCAUGAUGAUCUGGACAAUGUAGAUGCAGCAUGGGUUUAUGAGGGCCAUAAAAACACAGGGGCAAUUAAAGGAGUGAACUUUUUUGGCCCAAAUGAUGAAUAUGUGAUGAGUGGCUCUGAUUGUGGCCAUAUAUUCAUCUGGAAGAAGAAAAACGCUAAGUUAGUGAGAUUAAUGGCAGAUGAUGUAAAUCAACUUGCGUCCCAUCCCCACAUGCCUAUUCUAGCUACCUGUGGUUUAGAAAAUUAUGUCAAAAUCUGGGCUCCUCUUGGUAGUGAUAUUCCUCCACUUCCAACAACACAAAAAGUGAGUUUUGGGUAUCUUUCUUGA